AUGCCAGGUGAGGAAGGGUCAGGAGGGGCAGAGAGGCAUCAGUGAACGGUGUUUAGGCACAAGGACGCUAUGGCUGAGGGAUGAAGCUGGAGAGACGAGGAGACGAGGAGGCGGUGAGGAGGAAGAGACAAGAGGGAGAGGGACAAAACAAAAGAGAUCGAGGCGGAGACUGCACACGUGUUCACGAAAUCCUGACGUCACAAUGUAUUAUCUGCGUCGCAUUUCCUGCUCCAGCUCCAUCUGGUGACGAACUCCACUCAGCAGCUGUGGUUUGUUUACGUCUCGGCGGCGAGGUGUUGAGGUCAGCCUGGUCAGGUCACCGCCUUCCCUACAAAUACAUAGCGUGUACAGCGGGAUAGGUAAGGUCAUUAAGGCAGUGGGCAAGGAGAUACAGGGAAAAUAGGACACGAUGGGGAGUAAAUUAAAGCCGGGAGGUGUCCGAAGGCACCUGAAGGAGAAGGUGGUGCAGAUGUAUGAGGAUCUGUUCCAUGGUGUGGACCCGUGCAUCAACAACCCGCGAUUCUGGGAGGACCUGUUCCUGCUGAAACCCAAAAUGUCUGCCCUGGAGGGAGAGAUCAGCCGUUGCACAUCAGACCAGCUGGUGGGACUCAAGGACAACAUCAACACACUGUUUGCCAAAUGUGUGCAGACGCUGGCUCACGAACACAAUAUUCGGGUGGUGAAUGCCCUCCUGACACUGUGCAGCUUGGUGCGAGGCCUCUACCGCAAGAUGCAGGGUGACUACGGCUUUGACUUCAUCAACAUCCUCAUUGGUUUUGAUGCAGCAGAGGAACAAAUGCAGCUACUUUUGAAUCAUUGCUCAAAUUUUCUGACCGGUGAAUACUGUGACAGCCUCAAAUCCCUCAGCCUGAAGUUCUUGUUGGUGCUGGCAACUGGCACAGACAACAUCAGCCAGAAUACUGUGCUGGAAUAUCUCACCAUCAACUGUAACUUUGAUGCAGUGAUCCAGCUGCUGAGUCACUCCAGCACCAGGAACCAGCAUGGCCCCGAGGCAGUGCUGUACCUCAUGCUGAUGGUUAACUACCGCAAGCAUGAGAUGACCAACCCAUACACCGUCAACAUCUCCCUGCUGGACGAUGAACUCAUCCUCAAUGGCUAUGGACAGGUGAUCACCGCUUCCCUUGCUGACUUCAACCACAAGUACUCGGCACACUUCAUGGAGCCUCACGGAUCGGGCUGGUUUGCCUCCCUCACCUCCAUGGUCGGCUCCAUGUUCCUGUCAGAGGAGAUGGCCACUCGCAACGAACAUAUCAAGGCCAACGAUUCCUUCCUUCUAGCGUUAUACGAGGCUGUCCAUCUAAACCGAAACUUCAUCACUGCCCUCACCACUGCUACCGACCCCUCUACCCCUCCCUCCCCUGCCAACACUCUAGAGCGAGGCAGCACCCCACCAGCCCCGGACUCCACUGAGACACCCAGCCCUGCUACUCCUGUGGAAAUUGAGACUUGUGUUCAGCCCACUAACCUCCUUGUCACCUUCUUGGAGUAUUGCUCCAUAGUGAUGCAGGACACCAAGACAGAGGAGAGUCUGAGCAAUGUCAAGCUGUGUUUCAUCAUCAUCACCUGCAUUGCUGAGGACCAGUACUGCAACCUGCUGCUGCAUGACGCCAACCUGGUGUUCACUGUGCCCCUCCACCGUCUCCCCAUGAGGCACCGCAAGGUGGUGCCGGAGAGGACAACUCACGCCCGCCCCCUGGCUUGCGCUGUGCUGGAUGUGAUGGUGGAGUUCAUGAUGUCACACAUGAUGAAGAAGCUUCCCAUUGAGUUGUUCCUCCUCAAUGUCGGCAUCACGCACCGCUUGCUGUGCUACCAGAAGAGGAACUCAGUACGGCUCCCCUACAACUGGAAGGACCUGUGGGCUGCCCUCAUAGCGUUGGCAAAGUUCCUGGUGACCAAUGAGGCAUACUUGGCAAAGAAAAUGAACAUUUUCCAAUUAGCUAAUCAGGUCAUGAAUAUCUUCAACUUGUUCAUCACCUAUGGAGACACUUUCCUGUCCACACCCUCCAGCUACGAUGAACUCUACUACGAGAUAAUGCGCAUGCAUCAGGUCUUUGAAAACAUGUACUUAAUGAGCCUGAGGUACUCCAGAACAGAUGGUGAUUACAAGGAGAGUGCACAGAAACUGACAAACUCCCUAGGCAACAUUAGGUCAAUCAUCAACCACUUCACCCCUAAGCUGGAGAAGUGGAGUCAGGAGCACAGCAUCUCUACCCUAACAGAAGAACAGGUCUUGGAGGUGGUGCGGAACAACUAUGACAGCUUGACUCUCAAGCUGCAUGACAGCCUGGACCAGUACGAGAAGUAUGCUGAGAAGCCCCAGCACGCUAACUUCUUUGCAAACAUGGUGAGAAGCAUCCUCAGCGACACAAGGCAGAGCAUAGACUUCAGUGCAUUUGAAAACCUCUCCAUCCUUCAGGAGCUGAGUAACUCCACGUGAGGGAAGGUCCUCAGGAAGAUCGGUCAGCUUUUUCUUGCCACAUACAGAAAGUUGCUACCCUGGACAGGGGAACAUUAAUGAGUGCAUUGUAUGUUGUGGAUCAUUUCUGUGGUCUCGUGUGUCAUGUGUAGGUGGAAGUUGCUCAAAGGUUAGUAGGUGUGGUUUAAUUAGUACUAUUGUGGUGUGACAUUAGGUGGAAACUAUAUUUUCUGAUCUGCUAUAAAAGUAAUACCAAUGUCUCCACUUUCAUGGCCUGAUAACUUAUAACUAUACAUAAACUGUGCUUUCAUAUUAAAUUUGUACCGUAUUUACUGUUUGUAUUGGGUAAACCAGAUCUAAUUUUAUGAAAUGAGUAGUAGAUGAUCAACAGGUAUAUGGAGUAUCAGUCGUAGAGCUAGAGUGGUCGGCACACUUACCUGAUGAUAUACAAGUCAACUUGAGUUUAAUCCUUUGUCUCUCUGGGAUUGGUAGUGUUCCAAAGCUCCUGGUACAAGGGCAGCAAGUAGGUACAGAACCUGGAAGCUAGAUGUAUUAUGUAAUGAAUCAGGUGUUCCAGGGAAGACCCACAGACUCCCAAUGCAAAUGCUAGACACUCCACUUGCAUCACAUUCACCAUUACUUCCACACAUACACAUCCUUCCCCAGUCUGUCCAAGGGAAGUGUAAGGAUUUGCACUUUCUCCUCACCAAUGGAGUUGAUGUCCUUCAUCACACUAUAGUGAACUGUAAAUUGUUUGUUUUGGGCAUUCAUAACUAGAAUUUUAGAAUGUUUCAGACUGUAUGAACUUGUAUACUAUACAACAGUAGUUUUUUUUUUCUAGGUAGUUUUCUAGUAAAUUGUGAUAAAAGAAGUGGCAUGGGUUGUCCUUCUCAGUGAGGUAGGAAGUGACGUCUUUUCAUGGCGUGUCCAUCACUGCAGAGGAUUCGCGUGAACCAGAUCCCAGUGAUGUAUUGUGAUUUCUAGCUGGACUGGUUAUGAAAUUAUAUCUAAAGAUUUACUUUAUUUUCUGCUGUGGCCAAGGGUCAUUAAUAGCCAGAAUACUUAAUACUAGCAUGGAAAGGCAGUUUCUUCUCAUAUUCCUUUCAAGUACCAUAGGAAAAAAAUUUACUAAAAUUUCAAUAUGAAGCUCAAUCAAUCUCCACAUUGUAUCAAAGGCUGUAUUAUUCUUACUGUAGCACCCUCCUCCACUCCAAAAAUUAGGAGCAUCAUGAAAACAUUGAGUUAGAUAUAAAGGGUAGCUAUGAGAGAGAGAAUGGCAGGGGACUGAACACCUGUCAGGACAUUCAUAAAAACCAGUGUGGUGUGUUACCCACCAGACCACCGUGAUCAAGGCCUUAAUGAAUUUUCAUCAGCUGCAGUACCAAGCGUUCUUACCAACCCAGCAAGGAAUCUCUACACUCCUGGGGAUCUGGCAUUAGUGAAUCCACAGUAUGAAGUCAGAUGGGAAGUCUUGCAUGAUAAAAGCAAAAAUGAUUUUCUUGCUUUCUAGACUUAAGUUGCUUCUCAUUGUUCCUGUCAUGUUCAUCCAUUCUUAGUUCAUGAGAUUACAACUCAUAUCAUUUUCAUUCAUCAGUAGUACAUGCCACUGUCAUCCCCAUUCCUCUAUAAGUAUCAUCACUAGUCCCACUACCAUUGUCACCUCACCACCAUAAUCAUUACUCCUCUGGGAGCUUUUAGAGUCAUGUUUAGGGAAUACUUUCAGGGUAUAAGAUGCCAAAAAGAAUCUGGCCUCACUCAUUCCUUAAGCGCCUUCUCUCCCAUGUCCUCAAUUUCCAAGGUAUGCAUAUCAUUCCCUCACCAUUAUAUCUCGUGUUGCUGUAAUUUAGCUAGAGCUCCUCACGGAUUAUUCAAUUCACCACGGUCUUAAAUUUUCCAGUACUGUGUGAAUAUUAGUGCUUGAUUGUAAUCCAUGUUAUUUUUAAUUUUAUUCCUGCUAUGAGAAGAUGUGAUGUCUUGGCUAUCCUGGUUUAAUGCAAGUUAUUAUUAUUAUUAUUAUUAUUAUUAUUAUUAUUAUUAUUAUUACCAUCAUUAUUAUCCUUCAGUUCUGUACUUCUCUUUUUGGGGAACAAAGGUCUAAGGAUCUUAAUUAUCAUAGAUUUGUUGCAUGUAGUCUUUUACAUUGCAGAGCCAAAUCCCAAUGAGCCAUAUGAUGUACCACUAUUUCUAUUAUUAUUAUUACAUUAGCCAUUGUUUUGAAGCUUUGCCUUGCGUGGUGAGGCAGUGUUGUCAGCCAAUCUUAGCAGCAUCAGUGUGUUCAUAACAUUCUGUCGGCUGUGUCUCCUCAUGUCUAAGAGGAAGCCAUUACAUAACUAUUACUAACAUUUAGUAGAGAUCUUUAGUAUUAUCUUCCUGUAUAUAUUUUUCCUCAUUAUUACACAAACCUUGAUGUGUAUGAAAAAUCUUGCUGUUAACAAGAUUAAUUUCCUUGUUAAGGAAAAAAUUCUUUUUGUUAUACACAGUCGUCAGCCUCCAACUCUCCUCAACAACAUAAGUUACUGGUGUGUUUGUCUUGGUAUCAUUAUGUAAAACUGGACAUAAAAUUACCUUAUGGAAUAAUAUUUGUAUUUCUGACAUAUAGGUACAAAAGAACUGCUGAUGUAAAUUACAGGCAAAUAUAUUUUUUGGUAGCUUGUUUCAUACUUAGCUUCCUGUUAAUUUCCAUUUUAAUUACUAAAGUCUCAGCAAUGAUGUGAGAGUUGGCUGGCUUACCUUGUGUACAUCAAAACCAAUAAACUGAUAAAUCAAAUAUGCAAGUUAACAUCCUUAUACUCGUAUAUCAAUAAGUCGGUGGCCGUGGUCCCCUGGGGUCCAUGUACCACAAUGUAAAGGGAACCACACCUUUAACAGAACUUUAAAAUUAAGUUGUUUGCUAUUGAAAAAAAAAAUUAAUAGUUUAGGCAAUUUCUGAUCUGAUUUUUUUUUUUUUUUUUUAAUAUAUCAAGAAAUGAGUUAUAGGUUCGGCUUGUCAUCAUCGAGAAACGCACGACAUUGGAUAGGAUGAUAAUGAAUUAAUCUCGUGGUCCGUUUGAGUGAAGUCUUCCUUGGUACUAGAAUCAAUUAAUAAAUACUGUACUAUGAUAUCAAUAACUCGUAAUUCAAUAACUGGUUGGUGUAAUAUCGUGACAGGACGCAUUAACACCAGCCAGGAUAAGUUGGUGAAAGUUUGUCCUUCCGGCCCAUCAGAUCUAGAAAAAACUCCGGUCACGGCCCUCUCCCCUUAUCAAAUAUUAAUUCUUUUCGUAAUGGAGAACGUAGGUUACUACACUACUAAUUCUCAUAAGACCUACUCCAGCUAGAUAGUGACGUACCUCCUCCAGUGAUGAGUGUGACAAGUAGAGAAGAAACCAGGUGAAUACUUAAACCACUCUCGUUUCACUCAGUCCGCUCAAAUACCUUUGGAUGACCUUUACUUCGGGAAAAACUGAACAGGAAUGGAGCAUGACCACCUACGAACUAUAUGUUCCCGCUGAUAUGCAACCGCUAAUAAUAUAUCUAAUAAUAUUUGAGCAGAGUUAGAGCGAAACCAGAAGAGUAGUAAGUGCCUAUUACCCAUUCGCAAAAAGCGAAAGUCCACAUCCUGCCUUGACAACACAUCUACUACGCAGAGGCUGACUAAUGGUAGUUUAACCACAAUCAUUAUGCAGUAACUGUGCUACGAAUAAUAGUAAUUAGUUAUAAAUUACAAAUAUAUCAAAGAAUUACUAUAUACGAGUGAUGCGACGAAAAACAAUCAUGACGUCUGCGGUCAUACGUGUACAAGCUUCAGCUUCAAGUGAUCGAGAACUCGCGCUUCGCUUCGACCACUCACAUGGCCACUGCCGCGUCAAUAAGUGGUCAUUUAUUGACCUGCGUAUCAUGUAUUUCUACCAACGUUAUAAGACCUGUAUUUUAUAACAACAUACACACACACAAAAAAAAAAGAAACCUUAAGUAGGAUAUGACCGAUCGAGUAUUUUAUUCCACACUGCCUCCGUCUACACUACAAGUAAAAGAGCUCAUCACCACACUAACAAGCGUUUGAUAUCUCCCCAGAGAACAGAAGCCAGCCGCAGAUUAUACCUUCCCCUUGUAUGGUAGUUGAACAUUAUUUGUGUAUAUUACUAUUAAAUCACACACAACACACUUUUAAGACCCAAAAAAUCUGCUGUGAUCUCAUUACCACUUGUAUCUUGAAUGGCAGUUCACAACUUCGUAUAAUAACCGAUAUCAUUCAUCCAUAACAUAAAAUUUCUGGUGGACAUAAUCCAAUAAUACUUAAAUCGCUGUUAUUACCGGAUGUUGAUAAAUUAUUACGCUGCUUGAUUGUCAAGUUGCCAAUUAGGUUAGGGUGUUAGUGAAGGACAUUACAAGGAAAUAACUGGACAUAUUCUCAAGUUCUACGCCAGCGUCUUGGUUCGAGUACUUGAUUUAUAGGCUGUAGUGUGAGGUACUACUUACUUUUUUACUUUAGCGAUAGACUGACCAGUUCUACAUCACCAGUGAGAAAAGUACAAAAAAACCGACUGAUGACUUCCGUGGCCUUUGAAAACAGUCCUUGUGAGAGACUCGGAGCAACACGUGACAGAACCAUCAAGAAAAUUGCUGAUCUUCAUCCUCGUUCUGCAAGGUGAUCGCGUUCCAGUAAUCACUACGCACAACACGAACGAAAAUCAGUAUAUACCCUCCCCACCCACUGCUCCUUCCUGACAAGCGCAUUUUCAACUUCAGCCUCUCCAUUUUACGUAUAAUGUUUCAUGUAUAAUGUACAGAUAAUGUACAUGAUAUAGUUUCAGAUACAACUAGCGAAGGAUUCUGUGGCGUUGCACUGCCUCUGAUUUAACUAAAUACACGUCUCAAAAUAAUCUAACCCGCCACUUUACCAAACCACACGGUCGAUCACAAUUAAAUCCAUCUGUUCCCUCUUUCACUCUACAUCAUAAUAUUCUUCCCUUGCAUUGCAAUACUAUGUCCCUCUUACUUGUUUUUGUUCGUGGGGUGUAUGCAAAACGUCACUGGAAAUAUCCGAAGUCCCGUCCUCCACUGUCGCACGCACCCUAUCCACGUCCACCUUCCGUCCUUCCUCAUGCACGUAUGACUGCUGGUUCUAGUACAGUUGCGGAACUUUAAACAAUGAGAAUAUCCAAACUGGUAACUACCCAGGUCAUUCAGCAGUUCCGCCACACGUCGGUAGGUGGCUCUGAUAAGGAGAGGGAUGGUAGCAAGAAUGGGAGGGGUUAGGUUGGGGAGGAGGCCGGGGAAUUCACAGGGGUCACUGAUGUACUUCCUUAUGAUACUAUCACGCAAUGUUAAGACAAAGUCCAGAGGUUACAAUCUCUUUAUUUAACAAAGAAUAUAUAAUAACCAAAUAUUGUACAUAAAUAUCUACUGCCCUCUGAUAGAAGCAGCAAAUACAUACAGCUGUGACAAUUGUGUCGUUUUCCUCCAUCAUUGACCAUAUUUUUCAUGUGUAACUUUUGCUUCCUUUCUAAUUCGGUAACGAGGAUGUUGUCAUUUGUGUUUGCUGAGGUGACUAGCAAGGGUGUUGAGGGUGAUCCUUUGCAAUCAUCUAUAACAAUUUUGGGCACAGGAUGCUUAGCGUGACAUGUAAGAAUAUCUUCUUAUAUACAGAAUAUUUAUCAUAUUAAAUUAACUUUACAUGCAUCUCAACAAUUAUUAUUUCUCAGUGCCUUGCUAAUGCAGUACACCUAUACUAAUCUUCAAAAAAAAAAUAGCACCAUUAACUCAUGCAAAUCAUCAUAAACUUGCAAUACAUAAUAUUCUAGAGAAGGCCUGGAGACCGUGGGAGGAACCAUCAUAUACAGAGUGUGGAAAGCUCUACUGAAAUCUGAAUUUGUAUCAGAAAGUUUAACAGUUAACAUAUAAAAGAUAUCAAUUACUCAUACUGCAACUGUUGCAUGGCACAAUCAGUUAAGUGUGGAGGGUUACUUAAGAGGCAAGAAGUGCUUCCUUUAGUAGUGACGAGUGUGUACCAACCACAAAAAUGUAGAAGUUGAUGCUCCUUGAUUUAAGAUAAAUAUGUGCAUGAUUUAGCUGGCAGGAGACACAAGGUGGGGGAGGAAAGCUUGAGAGCAGAGCACCCGUCACUCCCUGUCAGUACUUACAUGGGGGAGGAGAUUCUAGUAAAAAUUGAUUUGAUGAUGUCCAGUUAUCAAACUAAACACUGUCCCAGACAUUUAAUUUAACUUUUAAAAGAUGAAAGUUGGUUUUAUACAUAAAUAUGUGGCACAUUACAUGUAUACAAAAAAUACUGCAUACUGCAUCUCUAUAAUGAUGUAAAAUGUUGCAGUUCAAUAUAAUAUAUUCUGAAAAAUCUGUAAUGCUAACAAUCUGUGCAAUCUUAAUAGUUAAUGAGCACAGUCAUUAUACUGUUUAACAGCAAAUGAAAGAAGAAUAAAGUGUGCAUGUAAUUGAAUCAGGUGAAGAAAUUCAAAAGGUUUCUGUACAUUAUACACAAGCACAGUAGCUAAGACUUAGUGAGCGAGCCUUCACAUUCUGUGAGGACAACUAAUACAGAAUGAGAGGUUGGGUUCAGAAGGUCAUGGCUUGAUGCACAGCAUAAAACUCUUCUUUUUCAGUCACUCUUCCAUCCACACACACACACACACACACACACACACACACACACACACACACACACACACACACACACACACACACACAUACACACACACACACACACACACAUUAACAA